ACCUCCCCCACUCCCCUCUACAUAAACACCUUUAAAACCUGUGACAUAACUUUCAAAAAAAAUGCCACAUUAUUAAUAUCCCAUCAGAGAAAAUUUCGAGUUUCAGCCAUGUCCAUCACAGCCCUUUCAGACCCAGAUAAAUUUUACAAUAAAUCAUUCCAUGGAAGGAAUGAUUCUGGUGAGCUUGACGUGUUCGAGGCUGCGAGGUACUUCUCCGGAUACCAUGAAGCUGGUGGCUAUAGUGCUACAAAUUUUACUCCGAAUAAGAUCAUGAGAGAUGAGAUCAGGCCGCAGGGUAGUAGAGUAGGCAGAAUGAGCUUAGACGUUCCAAUUAUGAGAAACUCUCUUCCUCAUCGACCACAACAUGGAGUGGAAAAGCAAAUGAAAGAAAAGAAGUACAAGCAGCCCAGCUCUCCGGGUGGACGACUGGCUAGUUUCUUGAAUUCUCUCUUCAGUCAAUCAGCUUCUAAGAAGAAGAAAUCAAAAUCGGCAGCACAGUCCAUGAAAGAUGAUCAAGAGGAGAGCCCUGGUGGAAGAAGGAAGAGGAGGAGCAGCAUUAGCCAUUUUAGCAGCUCAAGUACCGCUGAUUCCAAGUCUAUACAUUCUGCUUCAAGAAAUUCAGGCUUUAGGACACCUCCUCCUCCUCAUGCACAAACGCCUACAAAGAGCUAUAAGGAUUUUGGAAGCUGUUCAGAACAUCACAAACAAAUGGGGUCUUUGUCAAAGUACAACAUUGGGCACGCAAGAUCCACGGUUCUACAUAAUGAUCAGGUCUUGGAUAUUGACAAAAUCAGAAACAAAGACUUAACCUGGUUGGAUGCAAAAAUGGCAGUCAGCAAUGGCUUUCCAGGAAAAUGCAAGAAUCUCAGUAAAGAGUAUUCGGAUAAAGAUGGGAUUUGGGUGCAUAAAUCUUCACCGGGGGAGAAGGGAUUCAGGAGUUUCGGUGAGGAAGAUGAUGGUGCUGAAAGUGAUUCAAGCUCUGAUCUGUUUGAGUUGCAAAACUAUGACUUGGGUGACUAUUCAAGUGGUCUGCCUGUCUAUGAAACUACCAACAUGGAUAGCAUCAAGAGAGGAGCAACAAUUUCCAACGGCAAUCAAUGAUACUGUAUAUUUACUCUUCAUGUUGAUGUUAGAAUCCGUAAUAUCAAAGAAAAUCUCCAAGAUUUUACUUUUCUUUUUUCUUUUUUUCUUUUUUCUUUUUCUGUUUAUUGAUUUCCGCUUCUCUCUCUGAUAGCUCUUACAGGUUUUUUAUCAGUUUAUGUGCAGUUUGGGAA